CGUUAAUUUAUUUUUUAUGAAGUAUAUAUGCUUUGCUUAGUGUCUUAAAUUGAAGAUAUUUAUUUUGAAUGUUUCUGCGUAACAGUUCGUCAGCGAAAUGAAUGAUCUCAGACACAAACAGAGAGAAAAUUUUACCAGUUACGUGAAGGAGGAUCUAAUCGAUAAAGUUACUUCUGAUCAUUUGGCAUUGAGAUUGCUUCUAGGUGAAAUCGAAGCGGCCAGAGUCAACAAUGUGUGCAUGUAUACAACAUACUGCAUUAAAGAUAGCAAGUAUAUCGAUGAAAAAGAAGGGGCUCUUAUCAUAACCAAUUUUCGUCUUUCAUUCUUGUGUCCUGAAAGUGAAAAUGAGCAGGUUUCAGCUUACCAGAAGAACGCGUUCCUUGGAAAAUAUGAUGUGUCAUUAUCCAACAUUGAUAAAAUAUACCAAGUUACGGAUAAGAAAAAACGGAUGGUUAGCCCCCAAGUUAAAAACAGUAGCAAAAUCGAGAUUAUCACUAUUGUGUGCAAAAAUUUUCGAAUGCUCACAUUCGGUUUUAGAAAGGCUGGAAUCGGUAAAGGAAAGUACAUUGCAGAUGCUUUAGUAAAAUUUGCGUUUCCCGCUAAACACAAUCUCCUGUUUCUGUACAACUAUAAAGAAAAGUAUUAUAACUCAAUACGCUCAGUAUGUAUGUUCAAUAAACAAAAUGACUGGUUAAAUGAAAUUAAACGUUGUGGAGCCGAUGCUGGAUGGAGAGUGUUUUCUAAAGACAAACUAGAUAUCGAUAGUACGUUACCCAUGCACUAUGUUGUCCCAAAGCAUAUGUCAGAUUUUGAAUAUUUCAAUAUAUCGAAAAGUUUUCGUAAUUGCAGAUCAGCUAUUUGGGUCUGGAGCAUAGGCAAUGCAGCACUGGUGCGAAUGGCCGAGUUAUGUGCAGAUAUAGCUAGUUUUACUGUAGAAAACACAAUGCUGGAGCACGUUCGAAAGUGUGACCCAAUGAAAAAACCUCCACAUCUGAUGGAGCUUUCUAAACUACUACCAAGUAUCCAAGAAGUCAAUAUAAGUUACCACAAACUGCGAAAAUUAUGCAUUCCGGAAAAUGAUCACGAGUUUAUGGCACAAGACUCCCGGUUUCACACGCUGCUGGAUAAAACAUACUGGUUAUUGUAUGUGUCAGUUUGUCUGAAACAAUCGUUAGGGGCUGCCAAAAUGUUGCUGAGUGGAUCUACUGUCGUAUUACAAGAGAUUAAUGGUCGUGAUAUGUGUAGUGUUAUUUCUAGCGUAGUGCAACUGUUACUAGAUAACAGCUUUCGAACAAUCAAUGGCUUUCAAACAUUGAUUCAGAAAGAAUGGGUUAAUCUGGGCCAUCCAUUCUGUGACCGGAUUGGUCAUGUGUGCAGCCCGAGUUCAACAGAGCGAAGUCCUUUGUUCUUACUUUUUUUGGACUGUGUAUGGCAACUGUUGCAACAAUUUCCGGAAGAAUUUGAAUUUUCCGAAACUUUUCUAACAAGCGUGUGGGAUUGCGUGUUUCUUCCUAUUUUCGAUACGUUCCAGUUUAACUGUGAAACAGAUCGUCAAAUGGCAAGACUAAAUGAUCGCGUUAUUUUACGUCCAGCUUGGGACUGGGGUGAACAAUUUAGCGAUAAGGACAUUGCACUUUUUACAAAUCCUUUGUAUAAGAAAUCAGAUGUGGAAAACCCAUGCGAGCGGAAGUUAAGGCUACCCCCUUCGGCUUACCGGCUUCCUUGUAUUGAAGACUUAAAAGAGACCAAUAACUUGAUAAAAAAUAGUACCAGAGGAGAAUUGCCUACAACGUAUGGGAGCACAGCAGCCAUCACGCAAGAGAGAUGUUUCCUAGAGCCUCAGUGUACUUUGAGGGAUAUUGAAAUUUGGCACCAGUGCUACUACCGUUGGAUGCCUUACUUAGAAAUAAGAAAUGGCGGUCAACCACAAAUUGAUCUUUUUAAUAGAUCGGUGAUAAAUAAUAUAAACAAACUCCAAAAAGUGCUUCAAACUGGGCAAAUAUCAGCAUCCAGUGAAAACAUACUUCUGGCGGCAGGUCUAGGAAGUGGAGACAGCAACGUUAAAUCAAACGAUGAAACUGAAAUGCAUGGGAGCAGAAUGCCAGCCGUAAACUCGUUCUUUCCGUUCACAAGUAAUGCUACUAAUGCAGAAGAACUCUUGGAUGUCCUGGUCUCUAAUGGCGAAUUCCUAAACGAUGGUUCAAUUAAUGAUUGUGCGUCUAUAAAUUAUUGACUGUUAAAAGUAUCCGGCAGAGAUUCCCAUCUGGAUAUGCCAAAAUAAUUAAAAAGUUGGUGCCCUUGUUAACAUUAUGUUUGGAGUCAUUGUUGUACAUUGAUGCGUUUUUAUAAUCAAACAACUCAAAAAUGUAAAUAAGGUCAAAAAUAUUUAUAAAAUAGUAUUAUAAUGAA